ACCUCCCUGUUUUCACCCAGUUAAACGCAUGUACUUAAAAGACAGGCACCACCAUUCACCAACACAAGCACGAUUACAACUAUAUUAAUGUCCACAAGGUAAGAUCGCCGCUGCGAGUACUCGGAUCUCUGGAAGUGGACCAUGGCGGCUGCCACAAGCAGCAACACAUCCACAGCCACGCUUCAGAUAAAGCACUCCAGUAUUGAGCAUACACGGAAACGCAUAGACCCGAGGAGGAGGCAAGCGGCGUUGUCCUUUCUUAGCAACAUUUCUCUAGACGGACGACCCGUGCAAGACGAUGCAGACUUUCAAAACCAAGAGGAAAGCUCGCCUGAAGCACGGACUAGACAGAGCCUGGUUUCUCCGGAGCGCUUGGCGGCUCAGGGAGCUGCUGGCACCGCCGGAGCUGCUGCUGCGGCGGCGGCUGCGGCUGCGACCACGGCCGCCCAGGCGCUCGCUUUAGCAAACCAGGCUCUCCUCGCCAGCAGUCGGACCAGUUUGGGGACGGGUCCCACUGCUGCACCAGAGACAGAGGGCGACGCUUUCUUGCCCUCCACGUUCAACUCGCCUUUCUCCGCGGUCCCAGCCUCGACUAGAGGGAGGCUGCAGACUUUCACUCAGGGAAUCCUACCUGCCCAGUACUCCAGGCAAUUCUCCCCGAACUACUGCCUGGAGGGCGGACAGAUCGAGCAGCAGAGGUCAAGACGAAGACUCAUAUCUCAACGCUCUUCCCUUGAAACUCUAGAAGACAUUGAGGAAAAUGCUCCUCUGCGCAGAUGCCGAACCCUAUCGGGUUCACCCCGACCAAAGAGCUUCAAAAAGGUCCACAUCAUAAAGAACCUGAGGCAGCAUGAUGUGCGCAAUGGAAGGAUAGUCCUUAUCAGUGGCAGAAGAUCCUUCUAUAGUGUUUUUUCUGUCCUGCCCUAUCGAGAUUGUAGCCAAACAGGGGAUGUAAAGGUGGAAGGGCGUCAGCGUCAUCCGUCAGGAGGUGUAAGUGCCAAGGAGAUGGUGAUUGGGCUGGAGGGAGUGGAGUUAGGAGCGGAUGGAAAGACUGUGUCCUACACCCAGUUCCUUUACCCAACUAAUGUCCUGGGUGGGCGACGAAACACAAUCGACUCCACCUCAUCCUUCUCUCAGUCUCGCAAUGCAAGCCACCGCAGCCUCAGUCUGGGCCGAGCCAACAGCAACCAAAGCAGCUUAGACACAGGGAAUGACUUUGCAGACUUUCGCGAGUAUGACCCCAAUCUGCUAGAUGACCCACAGUGGCCCUGUGGAAAACACAAGAGAGUUCUCAUAUUCCCUUCCUACAUGACUACGGUCAUUGAAUACGUCAAACCUUUUGACCUCAAGAAGGACAUGAAUGAAACCUUCAAGGAGAAAUUCCCCCACAUAAAACUCACUCUCAGCAAGAUACGGAGCUUGAAAAGGGAGAUAAGAAAGCUGGCCCAGGAUGAAUGUGGGUAUGAGGAACCAACAGUGGCUAUGGCUUUCGUCUACUUUGAAAAACUUGUUCUUCAAGGCAAACUAAAUAAACAGAACCGGAAACUCUGUGCUGGAGCAUGUGUCCUUUUGGCAGCAAAGAUUGGCGGUGAUCUCAAGAAACAUGAAGUUAAGCUUCUUAUAGAUAAACUGGAAGAGCGCUUCCGAGUGAAUCGCAGAGAGCUGAUAGCCUUCGAGUUUCCUGUCCUGGUGGCGCUGGAAUUCAACCUGCAGCUCCCAGAGCAUGAAAUCAUGCCUCACUAUAGACGCCUGCAGCAGACCUCUUAGCAUUAGUAACCCAUCAGGAGGAGGACCGCUAGGUUUUCCUCCUGAUUCCCCUCCUCCCCCGGAUAUCCAUUCUCCGACCUGACCUCUCUUCAUUGACAUUUUAACUGCUGCCAUUCAUCACUACGAGCAACAUCUUCCUUCCUCUCUGAACUGCAAUCAGCCAAAGGGACACAUUUGUAAACAAAUUUCUUAUAUUUGACUUCUACUUUCAUCACCACUACAUGGACUUCUAAAAGGAGGGAGUGAAUUGUCUGCAAACUCGUUUUACCAGUUUGCAUGUCUCUCAUCUUAUCUACAUGACUCUAUAUAUUUUCUCUUGUUGAUUAAGAGAGCUUUAUUGGUUGAAACUGAUGAUUAACUGUUUCUCAUUUUUAUUAUGUCUUUUCAUGAAUCUUUGUAAAACUUUGGUAUGAUUGCUUACCUCUUGACCUGCAAAAGAUUUAAACAAAAGCCUUUUAAGUGGCUGUUUCUGGCUGGACUGUUAUUCCUCAGAGUGACUCAUCUUUUCACAAUUCAUUGUCUUAAAAGUGCACUUUUUGCACAUGAGGGGGAAGGGAACAUCUUUUUUUUUUAGACUUUUAGCAAUCUUGGGACUAACCCUGAAGAAAUAAGCUGUGUUCAUCAACACCAAACACAAGUCAUUUCAAUGAAUCUUUGAUUUGUUUUUGUUUUGUUUUGUUUUUCUGCAUGAAAAUUUCUAAAAAUAUUUGUACACAGGUACUUGCGGACAAGAAGUGACCUCCUAUUUUCACUCAAGUAUUCCAUUUGCUUUUCUACCGUUCAAAUGCUUGCUAUUGGACACCCUUGAGACUAGACCAACUUUUAUCAGUGUCGAAUUUCCUGUACUCUAUGUUAGAGUGUAUUGCAAGCACAUUUACGGUGCUUUAAUAGGGGGUCAUUGUUCAUGAGUGCAAAAAUGUCAUUCACCAGUGAUCAGGACUGGCAGUAGGCAGCUCUAGUGUUGAGAGGAAAUGCCUUUGGCCUGAAGAAUGUGGGUUAAGACCUUAUGCCUGUAAAUAUUCUUCUGGUGAAGUGUCCUUGAGCAAAACACCAUUGGAUCAAACAUUUCCUAACCACUUAAAUUUGAUAUGUAAAAUGUAAAAAAAAAAUUGAAAAUUAACAGUUUUAGAAAUUAACAUUUUUGGCAUGUAUUUCAAAAAAUUUUAUAGCCUUUGAAUUGUCUCAGAAACUACCAGAGUAUCGAGAGGCCACUGAAUCAGAAGCAAAGAAUAGACCAAUUUGAUUUUAUGCAGCUCUAAGUACUGAUGAUAUUUGGGUCAAAAAAUGAUCACAAAACUAUCUGUCAUUAAAAAGCAUGGACUAUAUUGAGUUAUCUGAAAAAUACUGAGCUUCUUUAUGUUUGCAAGCCCAAAGAUGUUGCUAUAAGAUGCACCCUAAGUACGCAGUGAGGAAAGACUUGUGGGAUUACCUGUGUAUGUUUGUAAAUAAACUGCUUUGCUUGUU